UUGAGCCAUCAACCACAGAUUGCAUCCUCUCCUGUAGUUCUUGACUUCAAAGGCUUGUGAGUCAUAAACCACACUGCAUAUACGCUCCUUAAGCUCUUGCAACCAUGAGGUUCUCAGUGGCCAGAACUUCCCAGUCCCUCGUCGGUCCAUGCGAACCGACACCAUCAGAUACACUCUAUCUGUCGAUCAUCGACCGUGUGCCUGGACUGAGGCACAUGGUAAGGUCGCUGCAUGUGUUCAAGCAUGGGCAGGAGCCAGCCAAGGUCAUAAGGGAAGCACUGUCCAAGGCACUAGUCAAGUACUACCCUUUCGCCGGACGGUUCAUCAACUCAGAACACGGCGAUGUUCGCAUCGCUUGCACCGGCGAGGGGGCUUGGUUUGUCGAGGCCACUGCAAAUUGUAGCCUUGAAGAUGUCAAGUACCUCGAGCACCCCCUCAUGAUCUCUAAAGAUGAGCUCCUCCCCGAGCCUAGCCUGGAGCUAGACCCCCUUGAUCUGCCAGUGAUGAUGCAGGUUACAGAAUUCACCUGCGGCGGUUUCGUGGUUGGCCUCAUCUCUGUCCACACCAUCGCCGACGGCCUCGGUGCAGCACAGUUCGUCGAUGCCAUCGGAGAAUUUGCUCGCAACCUCGCCAAGCCCACCGUCGACCCAGUCUGGUCCCGGGAACUCAUCCCCAACCCACCCCAGCUCCCUCCUGGAUCCCCACCAGUCUUAGCCUCCUACAAGCUCCUGUACUCCACAAUGGACAUCACCUCGGACCGCAUCAACCACGUCAAAACUGAGUACUUCGAUCAGACCGGCCAGCGAUGCUCCACCUUCGAUGUAUCUAUAGCCAAGACCUGGCAGGCUCGCACCCGGGCCAUCAAUUUGGACCCAGACGUCGACGUCCAUGUCUGCUUCUUCGCCAGUAUUCGCCACUUGUUGAACCAAGUAUUGCCUGCAGAAGGUGUUGGCUACUAUGGCAACUGCUUCUAUCCAGUUACUGCCACCGCCCCUAGCGGUAAAGUAGCAUCGGCCGAGCUCGUCGGAGUCGUGAAGAUGAUCAGGGAUGCUAAGGCUAGGCUGCCUGCCGACUUAGCCAAGUGGGUAGUCGGGGAUUUCAAAGAGGAUCCUUAUGAGCUGUCGUUCACAUACAACUCGUUGUUCGUCUCGGACUGGACCCGGCUGGGCUUCCUUGAGGUCGACUAUGGCUGGGGGAUGCCCAUCCAUGUGAUACCUUAUGCUUACCAUGCGUUCAUGGCGGUGGCCAUCAUUGGAGCACCACCGAAGCCCAAGAAAGGUGCUAGGUUUAUGACCCAGUGCGUCGAGAAGGAGCACUUGGAAGCCUUCCAAGAUGAGAUGAAAACCUUCUAAAGCUUGAAUAAGGAGAAUCCUCAGCAAGGAAUAAGGUGCCUUCCAUCAAGAAAGAUGUUGUUGUAAGUGUAACAUGUGGAAUCAAAAUAGUAUUUGUACGCGAUUGGAGAGCUCUGCCCCCGCUGAGCCUCUGUUUUAAUAGCGUUAUAAAAUAGUAAGAUAUGUACUUGAGUCCAUAAUUAAAUAUCAUUUUAGUUACAAUGCAAUUGCAGUGAGAUGU